UACGCAUGCGCACAGAACGCUCGCGCUAGGUCCGUCUGCUUCACAGGUGAUGCCGUGUUAACUUACGUUUAGUGUUUGCUUGGACAGCCUCCCGACAAGGCGUGAAUACAUGUUGGGGACCUUAUUUUGUUUACGCUUCCUGAGUAGUGGUUCGGGAUUAUUCGGUUAUAUCCCAGCGUCUUUCCAACUAAACCAGGGAACUUCCUCCGAUUAAUUUAUCUGUCUAAGUCCCGAGAGGAAUCAAACGCACGCUCGAUAAGAGAGAGAAUGGGGAAGGGUUGGAAAGUUGUCAUAUGCGGCCUGGCGUCAGUUGGGAAGACAGCUAUACUGGAACAGCUGCUCUACGCUAACCAUCAAGUAGGGUCAGAAUCUAAUGAAACACUUGAAGAUGUGUAUUUGGCAUCAGUGGAAACUGACAAAGGAGUAAAGGAGCAGCUUCGACUUUAUGACACUAAAGGACUUCAAGAUGACUUAGAGCUACCAAAGCAUUACUUCUCCCUUGCCGAUGGCUUUGUGCUUGUCUACAGUGUGGAUAGCAUGGAAUCGUUCAAGAAAGUCGAUGCACUGAAAAAAGACAUUGACAAGUUCAGAGAUAAAAAAGAGGUAAAUGUAAAAGAAAAAUGUUUGUCUCUAUAUCUAUAGCUGUGAAAUAUUCUGACACAUCCCUUUUAUGACAUGGAGGUGGUGAUACGUGUAGUAAUAUUUUCUUGUAAAAUCAGGGUGGUGAUAUUUUUAUUUCUCAAAGAAAUUGAUGGAAUAAUUCAUAAAGAUAUCUACAAUAACCUUCCACUACAUGAAAUGAGCACUUUUACUCUUUAAUGUGUUAAUUGCAAAUAUGAUUCACUGUAAUCAUUUCAAACUAUUGCUUUCAAAGUUUAUCUUGAAGUGACUGAGGCACCCUCCAAAAAACCAUAGCUUAGGGGAAAUGCAAAAGUGGGCAUUGAUGGGCUGUCUAGGAUACUGUGGAACAUGGUGGCAUUAUCACUGGUAAUCACGGCACUUAUCUUUAAGGUGGUUCAUAGAACCAGAAGUGCUUUUCCUUAGUUUAGCUAUGGCCGUCUCAGUACCAGGAAGGAAGGUUGCCUAUCACUAAAUUACAAAAAACAUCUUUUCCCCUUUGAAACUUGUUUUCUAGGUUACAAUGAUCGUUUUGGGAAACAAAAGUGAUUUACAAGAACAAAGACAGGUAGACCUUGAACUGGCACAGCAGUGGGCUAAGGAAGAAAGGGUGAAGCUAUGGGAAGUCACUGUAUCAGAGCGCAAAACUCUAAUCGA